AUGGAUGUCAAUCACAUCAUUCUCGAAGGGAUGAAAACGCAUUCGGUGCUAUCGAUACUCUUAGGCAUGUCGCUAUAUACCGUCUAUUCGAUUGUUCCAUACUCUUCAUACAAUAUUUCUAGCAAAUCAUUACUGCCGACUUACGAUUUCACAAUCGUAGGCGGUGGUUCGGCAGGAACCGUUAUGGCGAAUCGCUUGUCCGAGGUAGAAGAUUGGGACGUACUCCUGCUGGAAGCAGGUGCCGAUGGAAGUGCUAUGUAUGAUGUUCCUACUCUUGCCACCAAUUUGCAACGAUCUGAAAUCGAUUGGAAUUACACGACGGAACCGAAUGAAAAUUACUGUCUCGCGAUGGAAGGCGGUCAGUGCCGCUGGCCACGUGGCAAAGUACUCGGAGGCAGCAGUGGCAUAAAUUACAUGCUUUACGUCCGUGGUGCCAAAAAAGAUUACGACAUCUGGGAACAGCAAGGCAAUCCAGGAUGGUCGUAUCAGGAUGUGCUGCCUUAUUUCCUAAAAUCUGAAGACAAUCGAAAUCACAGCUACGCCAAAACACCGUAUCAUUCAACCGGCGGGUACUUAACCGUCGAAAAACCACGAUGGCACACUCCUCUGGCCGCUGCGUUCAUUCAAGCCGGCAAAGAAAUGGGUUACGAGAAUCGAGAUAUUAACGGAGAACGGCAUACUGGCUUUAUGAUUCCUCAAGGCACCAUCAGAGAUGGUAGCCGCUGCUCCACGGCGAAAGCCUUCUUGCGGCCAGCCAGGAUGCGGAAAAAUUUACACGUCGCCAUGGAAGCGUAUGUUACCAAAAUUUUAAUAGAUCCGUCAACGAAAAGGGCUUACGGCGUAGAGUUCAUUAGAGACGGGGAAACGUUGCGCGUACAUGCCAACAAAGAAGUGAUCGUUUCCGGUGGAGCUAUUAAUAGCCCCCAGUUGUUGAUGCUGUCAGGAAUAGGACCUAGAGAACACUUAUCGGAACACGGUAUACCAGUGAUUCAGGAUUUAAGAGUGGGCCACAAUCUUCAAGACCAUAUAAAGCAGACUGAUUAA